AUGAAAGUCAUCACCUGUGAGAUAGCUUGGCACAACAAGGAGCCAGUGUACAGCCUGGACUUCCAGCAUGGCACGGCCGGGAGGAUCCAGCGCCUGGCAUCUGCUGGCGUGGACACCGCUGUUAGGAUCUGGAAGGUGGAAAAAGGGCCAGAUGGGAAGGCCAUCGUGGAGUUUCUGUCCAAUUUAGCCCGCCACACCAAAGCUGUCAAUGUCGUGCGCUUUUCUCCAAAUGGUGACAUUUUAGCCUCCGGGGGCGAUGAUGCCGUCAUCCUGCUGUGGAAGGUGAAUGACAGCAAGGACAAGGAGUCCGACCAGUUGGCUUUCCAGGACGAGGAUGAUGCUGAGCUCAACAAGGAGAACUGGACUGUGGUCAAAACGCUGAGGGGCCACUUAGAGGAUGUCUAUGAUAUCUGCUGGGCUACAGAUGGCAACUUAAUGGCUUCGGCAUCUGUGGACAACACGGCCAUCGUCUGGGACAUCAGUAAAGGACAAAAGAUCUCUAUCUUCAAUGAACACAAAAGUUAUGUGCAAGGCGUGACCUGGGAUCCUCUGGGCCAGUACAUUGCCACCCUGAGCUGUGACAAGAUCCUGAGGAUAUAUAGCACUCAGAAGAAGCGUGUGGCUUUCAAUGUUUCCAAGAUGCUGUCUGGAAUAGGGACUGAAGGAGAGGCCCGCACGUUUCGCAUGUUCCAUGACGACAGCAUGAAGUCUUUCUUCCGCCGGCUCAGCUUCACACCUGAUGGCUCUUUACUGCUGGCACCAGCUGGCUGUGUGGAGUCUGGCGAGAACGUCACCAACACUACUUAUGUGUUCUCCCGGAAGAACCUCAGAAGGCCCAUCGCACAUCUCCCAUGUCCUGGGAAGGCCACACUGGCUGUUCGCUGCUGUCCUGUCUACUUCGAGCUGAGACAAGGACUCCAAACAGAUGGGCAGGUGGGAGAGCGAGCACCCGAGCUGGCGGCCUUGCCCUACCGCCUGGUGUUCGCUGUGGCCUCUGAAGACUCAGUGCUACUCUACGACACCCAGCAAUCCUACCCUUUUGGCUAUGUGUCCAACAUCCACUACCACACACUGAGCGACGUGUCCUGGUCCAGCGACGGGGCCUUCCUGGCCAUCUCCUCCACGGAUGGCUACUGCUCCUUCAUCACCUUUGAGAAGGACGAGCUGGGGAUCCCGCUGAAGGAGAAGCCAGUUCUGAGUGUGGGGACACCUGAGACAGCCAAGAAAGCCAAGAGCCAAACAUCCCAGGGAUCUUCACCAGGACCCAGGCUGGGAGAGGCAACUCCCACGGGCAGAAGCCAAGACGCCAGUGGACCCUGCACUACGCCCCCUCCAGCGAAACUGGCUCCAGCCCCUACAGUGCCCAAGGAUCCUCUCGCCACCACCCCUGGUGCCCAGAGCACUGCGCCAAUGCCCGCAGAGGAAAAGGCCCUGCGGCCCAGUGGUCAGCAGGUGAAAGGCCAGCCGCUGCGGAGGGUCACUCUAAACACGCUGCAGGCCUGGAGCAAGCCUACGCCCCGGAGAAUCAACUUAAUGCCUUUGAAGAUGGAGGCACCACUGAGCCCCGCACCAGCCAGCACUCCGGCUCCUCCUUCCACAGAGGCAGCGGACCCAGAGCCGCCCCCUGAUCCCCCCUCGGAGCUGCAGGAUGGUUCUCUGGAACAGAAACGACCCCGACUCGAGGAAUGUGGCACAGACAGCACAAGGCUGGACUCGUGA